AUGCUGCUGCCUCCUGCUGCCUGUAGCUAUANUUCUCCCGACCUCACAAGAGGAAGAGCACCCGAGUUCUCCCGACCUCACAAGAGGAAGAGCACCCGAGUUCUCCCGACCUCACAAGAGGAAGAGCACCCGAGUUCUCCCGACCUCACAAGAGGAAGAGCACCCGAGUUCUCCCGACCUCACAAGAGGAAGAGCACCCGAGUUCUCCCGACCUCACAAGAGGAAGAGCACCCGAGUUCUCCCGACCUCACAAGAGGAAGAGCACCCGAGUUCUCCCGACCUCACAAGAGGAAGAGCACCCGAGUUCUCCCGACCUCACAAGAGGAAGAGCACCCGAGUUCUCCCGACCUCACAAGAGGAAGAGCACCCGAGUUCUCCCGACCUCACAAGAGGAAGAGCACCCGAGUUCUCCCGACCUCACAAGAGGAAGAGCACCCGAGUUCUCCCGACCUCACAAGAGGAAGAGCACCCGAGUUCUCCCGACCUCACAAGAGGAAGAGCACCCGAGUUCUCCCGACCUCACAAGAGGAAGAGCACCCGAGUUCUCCCGACCUCACAAGAGGAAGAGCACCCGAGUUCUCCCGACCUCACAAGAGGAAGAGCACCCGAGUUCUCCCGACCUCACAAGAGGAAGAGCACCCGAGUUCUCCCGACCUCACAAGAGGAAGAGCACCCGAGUUCUCCCGACCUCACAAGAGGAAGAGCACCCGAGUUCUCCCGACCUCACAAGAGGAAGAGCACCCGAGUUCUCCCGACCUCACAAGAGGAAGAGCACCCGAGAUCUCCCGACCUCCCCAGCGCCAGACACGCGACGCAGGGCGCAGGUCGCCGGGGCAGGACCCGACGCUGCGUGCGUGA